CGCCACCUGGGCCGCCGGCCGGCGACACGCGCGCCCCGAGCCCGCUCCCGGGGCGUGUGGAGUCAGCUUUCCGGAAGCAGCCAGCCCACCGGAGGAGGUAGACGCGGCGAGGCGUAUAUAUGUGGGUCUCGCCACAAGUGGCUGUGGACGCGGAGGCCCCAGCUCGCCCCGCAGCGGACCGCGGGGGGGACUUGCUUAGGAGGCGGCGAGCGCCGGCCGCGCACCGGGUUCGGGGGCCAGAGGAUUAGACAUUGCUACGGGAGACGUGUAAACACUGCUCAUCGCCGAGCGUGUAUAAAACAUCCCGUGCUCGCUGUAUUGCAGGGGACGCGCCUCUAUCUUCUGUUUUCCCUUUGGCCCUUUUUUGCCUGUGUGGUUUAGGAGCAGCGCAGCUGGAACAGCUGAUUCCUGAGUCCCGGAGCCAGCGGAGACGAUGCUGCGGAGGCUGGUCCAGCAGUGGAGCGUCGCCGCCUUCCUGCUGAGCUGCUCGGUGCCCGCCUGCGGGCGCUCGGUGGAGGGGCUCGGCCGCCGGAUCAAGAGGGCAGUGUCCGAGCACCAGCUGCUCCACGACAAGGGCAAGUCCAUCCAGGACCUGCGCCGCCGCUAUUUCCUGCACCACCUCAUCGCCGAGAUCCACACGGCCGAGAUCAGAGCCACCUCGGAGGUGUCGCCCAACUCCAAGCCCGCUCCCAACACCAAGAACCAUCCAGUGCGCUUUGGGUCUGACGACGAGGGCAGGUACCUGACUCAGGAGACCAACAAGGUGGAGACCUACAAGGAGCAGCCCCUCAAGACGCCCGGGAAGAAGAAGAAAGGCAAGCCAGGCAAGCGCAAGGAGCAGGAGAAGAAGAAGCGGCGCACGCGGGCUGUCUGGCCCACCCCGGAGGCCGUGGACAGUGGACGCAGCGUGGAGAGCCCGGCCCAGGUCCCCGCCACACUGGAGCCCGCAUCACGGAGGCGUUGAAAUUUUCAGCAAAGACCUUCCAAGGACAUAUUACAAGAUUUUGUAAUAGUAAACUUAUAGAAAGUAUUAGAGAUAUUUAUUGUCUGUAAAUACUGUAAAUGCAUUGGAAUAAAACUGUCUCCCUCAUUGCUCUAUGAAACUGCACAUUGGUCAUUGUGAAUAGUUUUUUUCUUUUGCCAAGGCUAAUCCAAUUAUUAUUAUCACAUUUACCAUAAUUUAUUUUGUCAACUGAUGUAUUUAUUUUGUAAAUGUAUCUUGGUGCUGCUGAAUUUCUAUAUUUUUUGUAACAUAAUGCACUUUAGAUAUACAUAUCAAGUAUGUUGAUAAAUGACACAAUUAAGUGUCUAUUUUGUGGUUGAUUUUAAUGAAUGCCUAAAUAUAAUUAUCCAAACUGAUUUUCUUCUGUACAUGUAAAAAAUAGCAGUAUUUUAAAUUUGUAAAGGAAGUCUAAUAAAAUAUAAUCUAAUUAUA